AUGGGUACUAGGAAGUUUUUCACGCUUGCUGAAUUAGAAGACGCUGUAAAUGACCCUAAUUUCUUUGAAAGUGACGAUGAUGGUGCUACUGUUGAUAUUGUUGAACUUCCUCCUGAUAAGGUCGAUAUUGUUUCGGAUAUCGAAGACACUGAUGAGAAUACAUUAGAAGAUAGCUGUCCCAAAGAUGUUCCCGGCAGACUAGAAGUUCAUUCGAGUGCUCUGAAUAUAGCUUCUACAAGCACAGACCCAAAUAACAACAAUAUAACUAGAACUCAGUCAUUAGAAGUAAAGGCACCUGUUGAGGUUUUUGAAACUGUAUUUGAUGAAGAAAUAAUGACUUAUAUAGUCAGACAAAGUGUCACAUACGCCGCUCAAAAUAACAGACAUAGUUUUACUUUUUCAACAGACUGUUUGAGAAAAUUUAUAGGAUUUUUAUUGCUUACUGGAUACCAUUCAUUAGCACAGGAGCAAAUGUAUUGGUGUGAAGAUGAAGACUUAUGCAUUGAAGUUCUCGUCACUAAUAAGACAGCAGAUCCGGAUUUCAAAAUGAGUCCACUAAUAAAGUUAAUGAAUCAACGAUAUCUCAAAUUUGGUGUUUUUUCAAAAAAUAUAAGUAUUGACGAGCAAAUGGUUCGGUACUACGGUCAUCGUUAUUUCAAGCAGUUCAUUGGGGGAAAGCCAAUUCGAUUUGGAUUCAAACAAUGGACAAUGUGCUGUGCAGAAACGGGAUACUGUUAUCACACUGAGUUGUAUACAGGGAAAAGAAAUGAAGACUGCGAAUUAAAAGGUCUGGGUGAAUCUGUUAUAAUGAAGAACACAGAGCUUCUCGAAAAUCCUUCAAAUCAUGUAUUUUACUUUGAUAACUUUUUUACUAGUUUUCAACUAAUGAAAACGUUAAAGGAGAAAAACAUAUUAGCUACAGGAACAGUUCGAUCAAAUCGUCUAAACAAGUGUCCUAUAAAAUCGGACUAUGAAUUCAAGAACGAACUUCGCGGCAGUUUAGUUUACAGAUUUGAUAUGAAUAAUGAAAUAUUUUGUGUAGUGUGGAAAGACAACAAAUGUGUGAAAGUCUUGUCAAAUCAUCAAGGUAUACAACCGUUAAACAAUGUAACUAGAUGGUCCAAGUCUGAGAAAAAACAAAUCAAAAUAGAUCAACCCUAUUGCAUAAGUAACUAUAAUAAGUUUAUGGGAGGUAUUGACAAACUGGACUGGAAUGUUAACAAAUACAGGAUAAAAAUUCGUGGAAAAAAGUGGUAUUUUCCUAUUUUUACAAGCAUAAUCGACACAACAGUUGUAAACGCCUACGUACUGUAUUGCCAUGCUAACAAAGUCAUGCCAUUAUUGGAAUUUCGACGAAAUAUCGCCCGAGCAUAUUUGCAGCGAGCGUCUCCUUCUAAUCCUAAAAAUCGUGGUAGACCUUCUCUACAAAAGCAAGCUUCAAAACGUGUUCCCGAAAGCGUAAGGACGGACCCAAUAGGGCAUUACUUAGAAAGAACUCUUGAAGGAAAACAAAGAAAAUGCGCAGUGUGCAAAACAAUGUGGGGAAAAUGUCAUUCUACUUAUUCAGACAAUGGUACGAAUUUCGUAGGAGCAAGGAACGAGCUAAAUCAGCUUGGUGCCUUGUUAAGGGAUAAAGACCACAAUGAUAAGGUUCGAACAUACUUAGCACAAGAACAGAUAGAAUGGCAUUUGAUCCCACCACACGCACCACACUUCAGAGGACUUUGGGAGAGUGCAGUGAAGUCCGUAAAAACACACCUAAAAAGGGUCACUGGUGAACAAUGCUUGACGUUUGAUUAA